CUGCGAGCGCCGACCGACGUGAUGGCCGCCUACGUGCGCAAGAUCACGGCCAAGUGCACGGUGUUUCGCGUUGCCAACUGCCCGCUCUGCGACGCGGCGGUCACGACGCUGCGCAGUGCAGGCGCCAAGACCACCGACGUUGUCCACGUCGACACGAGCGCGGGGCACCCGUCGGGCACAGACGUCUACAACGCGAUCGUGGGCCUCUCCGGUCUCAACACGGUGCCCAGCGUCUGGAUCAAUUCGACCUUUGUCGGCGGCGCGGCUGCCCUCCAGAGCCUCCGUGACGGCGGCAAGCUCCGCGACCUCAUCGAAACUGUGGUGCUUAGUUUCCUCGAGACAAGCACGAGUUGA